AUGGUAAAAUAUGAAUGUCAAAGAUGCAAACAUAUCUAAAGUUAUGAUGGUUAAUGCAGCAAUUGUUUGGUAUGGGACGCAUAAAUGAAAUAAAUAGAAGAUCUUAAAAGACUGAAUCGAGAACUUAAUAUAGCUUUCUAUGGUGAUGGUGGAUGUUGUGGUUGCACUGAAUAAAAAAGAAGAAAAAGUUUUUAUAUCUUAGGAGUUAUUUCGAUUUUAGUUGGUUUAGUCUUACUUAUUGGUAAUUUUGGUUAGGAUUCAUCUGAUACAGGAAUUGGCUUUAUUGGUUUAGGGGUGAUCUGGUUUCUGGCUGGUCUAUGUUGCCCUAAUGGAUGUUGCGGAGAAUAUAAAAGAACAAAUUAAGGAUUGAUAGAAUGA